AUGAGCUCCACGCAGUCAAACUCCUCUGCAAAUGUGACCUUUGUUCGUCCUGCAACAUUUUUCAUCAAUUAUAAUAUUCCACAUGCAAAAUACUACUAUGUGUUCUUGUCUUUGGUGUAUGUUGUGACUGUUUUAGGGAAUUCAUUUAUCAUGUAUAUCAUUUAUUUGGCCCGCAGACUUCACACUGCCAAAUACAUGGCUGUUUUCCAUUUGGCCCUUUCUGAUCUGUUGGUAAGCUCAGCUUUGAUUCCAAAAGUCAUAGACACAUUUUUAUUUGAUCACCAUGAGAUUUCAUAUGAAGGGUGCUUGGAAAAUUCGUUUUUUGUAUAUCAUUUCAUGACCGUGGAGUCUUUUACACUAAUUGUCUUGGCUUAUGACAGACUGGUUGCAAUUUGUUUUCCUCUACAUUAUCAUGCCAUUGUAACAAGAAAAACAAUGUUUCUGAUCAUAUGCGUGAUGUGGAUUUUUUCUGUGACACAGUUUUCUAUACUUACAGCUUUGGUGAAUAGACUCUCUUUUUGUAUAUCGAAUGUGAUUGAUAGUUAUUUUUGUGAUCAUGGCAUUUUAUAUAAACUAGCUUGUAAUGAUAAUUCUAUAAAUAUUAUGAUGGUAAAAAUUAAUUUUGGUCUCCUGAUUUGCACACCACUGAUGCUGAUCUUCAUCUCAUAUUUCUGCAUCGCUCUGGCUUUGCUUAAGAUUGCUCAUGGUGCUGAACGGAUCAAAGCCAUGAAAACCUGCACCUCACAUCUCAUGUUGGUGGCAAUCAGUUAUAUCCCAAUUUUAUGCAAUCAUAUUGCAUCCUUUACAACACCUAUCCAUCCGAACACCCGGUUCAUUAACAAUUCCCUGGCACAGACAAUACCACCUAUGCUGAAUCCCAUCAUAUACACUCUAAAGUCAGACGAGGUCAUGCAAUCAAUAAAAGAUCUGUAUAAACGAAACAAGGUGAACACUGCAAAAAGAAUGAAAUGUAGUAGGAGAAAUUCAAAACAAAAAUUACAGGUUUGA